CUCGGGGAAUGGGUCCAAACCGCUGGGGGUCGACGUCAUGAAAAAAUCAUGACGUCGGGGGUCUGGGAGGCCAGGGGCAACGUCAGGGAGGGAGGGGCUCAGGGGCGACGAAGCGGCCCCCCAAUCGCCCAUGCAUCGCCGCUGGGGGCCCGACAGCCCCACCUCGCUCAGGGCGGUGCGGGCUCGCUGUCGGGGGCAUACCGCCGAGGGAUCGGCGAGGCAUCGCCGAUUCCAGGUCGAUGCUUCCCCCCUGAGCUAAUCCGCCCUCAUCGUUCCCCCUCAAGAGGAGGUCGGGCCCGAGGCCAAGCCAGAGUCCACGCCGCUGGCGGAGGCCGAGGAGGCCAAGCCCGGCGUCGAGACGGCCGGGCCCGAGGGCGGAGCGCCAGCCGUGGCGACGGCGCCGGCGCCCGCUGGCACAACGACGGCGGAGGCAGAUGAGGCCACGCCCGAGGUCAAGGAUGCCAAGCCCGAGGCCAAGGAGACCAACGCCGAUUCCAAGGAGAACGCGCGCCUGGAUGUUAUCAGCGGCGUCGUGGGGUUACGAAGGCGAACUUUGUCGACGGUGGUCAAUUCGCUCAGUUUCACCAUGGGCUUGGCAUGGCUGACCUUCACAAAGGUUGUGAUCGUCGAGGACUGUUGCAGCGAGGUCACGCAGAAUGACGCUCCACAAGUGUGGCUGUGCUUCGUAAUAGAGUUGGCCAUACUGAUGCCUGUGAGCCUCUUGAUUAUCAGGCGCAGGCUGCACCUCGACAGGCUCUCCGAGGAGGCCUACGCCACAGGGAGGAUGGACGACGCGGAGAAGCUGCGCGCGCGCGCCCUGGUCUACCAGACCAUGGUGUCCUGGGCAGUGGGCUUCACCCUCGCGGCGCAGCUGUCCGCGGCGGCCAGCGCGUCGCUGCCGGCGUCGCCAUGGGAGUGGAAGCUCUUCUACGCUCUGGCGCUGCUUGUUCUCGUCGUGGUCCUCGCCCUCGUCGUCUUCGGGAUAGGCAUCUGCAUGGGCCAGGACCUUCGUGUUCUCGAGAGCAUAUCCGACGUGAUCGUGUCGGGCUCCGCGUACACGAUAGCGCUCGCCUUUUUGGAUGUGGUGACGGCAGCUUUCUCGUUGCACAGUGUCUCCUCGACUUCGGACGUGGAUUAUCUUUGGGAGUUCUACUUGGUGACAUGUCUUGUCGUCGCAUUGGGCACAACGGUACUUGGAUGCCUCGACUACAGGGGCGCGAGGGAGGCCGCAAAGGAGCUCAAGCAGAUCGAGGAGGCGGCCCAGCAAGGCGUCGUCGCUAUUAUGAAGAGGUCUGUUGUGAAGCACCAUCUUAAUGCAAACAUGCGAAAGCUUGUAUCGAAGACGUUGAGCAUGUGCGGAGUUGCGGUUUCAUUCGUUUUAUUUCAUGCGUGGCUCCUCGACUGGGACACCUUCGACCGAAACGACGGCGCCUCCAGCAUUUCCAGCCCGUUCACUUUUUGGGGCGCCAUGGUGUUUUUCCUUACAUGCUUGUUCGCAGCUGUUGUAGGGAGCGUGCUGAUAGAAUAUAACGUCAACCGGAUGCGAAAGCAUCUGACUAAAUUCGAUGCCAUGCCUAGUGCGGUGUAUGACGACUGGGUGAUGGCGUCAUUGGUGGUGCUUCUGCAGACUACAUCAGCCUCGCUGCUUGAAGGGAUGUCGUGGCUUGUGGGCACUGCUCUUCACUCCUGGUGUCUUGUUGGCUAUACGAGUAUUGUACGUGAAAAUGAUCAGGCGGACUUGCUCCAUAAGUCAGCCGCGAGCUUGGUUUUCGCCAUGGCCGUCACUAUGGUUACGCCCUUGGCGAUGUUGAGAUUCGCUCCCCCUCCGUUGCAAGGCGGGUCGAUGCAGCCUCAUGCAAAGUAGCAUCAUAUUUCGUUUCACACAGUUUCACCUGCUACCACUUAGAGUAGUCAUGGUAGGACAGGACUGGAAGAGCUACAUUGAACCUCGUGAGUCAUCGGCCAGCCUACGUUUCACCAGCCGAUGUACGGAUCAGCGGCCCAUCUUGUCUUGCAGAACAGGUAGUUGAUUUUGCAGCGAAGCCUUCAAAUGAAGGCGUGCGCAGCGGAGUUGUGCGGGGAAAGCAAGAUGCGACCGUCGUAGAAGCACACAACCGCCACACCGACGUCACCCUUCUCACCAGCAUGUUGUUGUGCAGGCAGCAUCGGCAUGACUUCCGUUCAUUCACCAGGCUACGCCACACCUGCGAGCUGCGAGCCAUACGUGCGAGGUUUCACAUGCACGUCCAUUAUCCAUCUCGCUUCAUAGCGGGGGCUCCCACUUGUCCUCGUUUGGGAUGAUCUACUGAGAAAUCACAUUCCAUUCGCUUCACGCGUGUAGUUACAGCCAAGCCGC